AUGGCUAACGACAUCACUGCACUCCUCGGUGGCUUGAGCUUUCCAACCGAUGAAGACAGGGAGAGUGACAGCUUCAAGCUAUUUCCGGCACUCCCCACAGAGCUCCGAUUGAAAGUCUGGGCACACGCUUUACCUUCACUGACCGUCCUCCGACUUACGGCCCAUAUUCUGGUAUCAGACCCGACGUUUGGUUUCUACCUAACGUUCUUCAUGACAGUAGAUGGCAAAGCAACUCUAGUCACUGUCAUCCCAUCUAUGAUUCGACGUCAAGUUGACCUCGGCAUGUACGAGCAAAGAGCAAUUGCACUGCUUCGAGUGUCCAAAGAAUCGCGAGAAGUGUACCUGGAAAACUUCCCAAUAAGCCUGCCUUUUGCUUUGAGAGGUGUUGGAAGGCUGUACAUGUCAAGAAAAGAAGUCCUUCACUUUUCGAACUUCUCAGACCUCAUCCACAAUCGCCUGUUCCAGCAAGCCCUCAAAGGAGGCUAUCGACUCCAGACUUGGUGGGCGGAGAUUGAAAAAUUGGCCAUUCCAAUAACCUCGCUCAUUGUGAAAGGCAAAGACUGGGAACACAUCCCAGCCUUGUGUCAGAGGCUGCCUGCUUUGACAGAGCUGAAAGGGGUGAUGUGGGACAGAUUUCAAGAUGUCAUUGACAAUGGAAACGCGGAAGGCACAAAAACAAUCAAGGAUGCCAUGAAUGCGCAGUUGCGUAAUGCAGAGCAUGAGCUUUCGAGAUACAGGGACGAGAAUGAUCAAAGUCUUGUUGUUCCAGAGAUCCGACUAAUGCCAACUUCUGGGAUUCUCUUGCGAUGGCCUUUUGUUUUCUGUUAUAAUUUUCACGAUUACUCUCUUGCAGCUCCAGCGAUUCCUAUUUUGGACUAG